AGAGAUAAAGUAAACCACGGUUCUGUCAACAACCAUGUUCUCCUCCUAUUCAAACUGCUUCAGACUCACAGUGCAGAAGCUUCAACUGUUUAAUAGCUAAGGCUCCCAAGAUGUUCCUGCGCUACAGUGGAGGUUUCAGCGCAUGGCUCUGGUCUGAGCUUGAGAGAAACCUCAAAAGACAGACCCGGAUUCGUUUUUAUCAGCUCACUAGAAGACGCUCUAAAAAACGUUCAACUGAAAGUGUGUUCAGGGUUUCUGCGUUCAUGGAUGCUGAUGGGCAGAUUGAUGUGUCAACUUUUUAUUACCCAUAGUUUAAUAAUCCAAUCUCAUUUUUAAACCAAAAGUUGUUACUCAGAUGGCAACUUUGGAUCAUGAUCCAGUUGGUGUGUAAAGUAUGUUUCAUGUGUUUCUGUUUCUACAGCGUUUUCUUUGUCGAUUCUUGCGUUGUCUAUGUCUUUGUUUGCCUAACAACCAAAAUGCCCCCAUUGUGGGAAGAAUAACGGCAAUCUAAUCUUAAUAGUCACACUCCUCUCCUCCCUGACCACCGGAGGUCACUGUGUUCUGAAGCUGACUGAUGACGGCGAGGACUGGAAAAUGUGCCGGUUCAAAAUACAACGUGUGCGUUCUGAUGUCGCAGGAGUGAGCUUGCAUACAUAAUAUAAACAUUGGCUGUAUUUUAUUUGCCUUGUUGUUUAAGAGUGUGUUGAAUGGAGAUUGUCCUUGUGUUGUUUGUUAUGUUAUUGUUUCUAUGAGCUGCAGAAUUUAAUAUACUUCUUUAAUAAUAUACUGCUUUAAUGCUUUAAUGCUUUAAGGUCUGCGGCUUUUUUGAAUGAUGAAAAGGGCAGACUAGAUUAGAACCUUUGUUCUCUACUUUAUUCGGCUUUAUGUUGAUGACUGAUGUCAUGACAAGAUUACGCUUUGUAAAUUGUAUUUGUAAAGUGUUCUUUUGGUAACCUCAACUUGCAUAAAGAUAUUGGACAAAAAAGCAGUAUGUUUUCUGAAAUUUACAAACUGACGCCCUUAGUGUCAAGUGUCUUCGAUUGAGUGUAUUUUUGUUUGGUAUUUCUGAAACUAAAGCGAAUUGAGGGGUCUCCAUAAAAACUGCUGGGAAAUGUGUGGUGACAAAUGAGUGAAGAGCUGGGUCCUAUGGAGAGGAACGUUCAGACACUCUCUUGCGAUCGGGCCAUGUUAACCUUGUGGACUCAAAGCGUAGCCGCAAUAUCCAAUUGUUUUAGCACUGUCAGCCAAGACACACACUCACACACACACACACACUCACUUCAUAUUGUUGUGAAAACAAAUUUGGAGGUGAUUGAUUGAAGUUCUGCUUUUGCUUGUCGUGUCUCACUGUCACUCAGGAGUGGAGCAUGUGUCAUUGUUACGGCACAAAUAAUAAUUUUCCUGCACAACACAUGACACUAGCUUAGCAAACGUCUGUCCUUCAGGGCGCUCUGAUGGGACGGUCGGGCCACACAGCUGCCACUGCCUUGGCCUGUGAUAAGCUGGUUCGCCUGCCGGUCAGAGCGACCCUGGGCACACUAUCAGAAGGAGACAUGAAGCGAGAGGUCGAGGCUGGGGUGAACUUCCUCAAACGCCUGGCGUUGGCACAAGGGAAACUUGACAAUACCAAAGCGGAACUGUUUGCCGAGAAGCUGCAGAAGCUCCUCUGCAUCAAGUACGACGAGCACUGGUACCCGGAGCAUCCCAGCAAAGGCCAGGCCUACAGAUGCAUCAGGAUAAAUAAUGGAGUACCGUGUGAUGAGGUCCUGAGGGCGUGUGAGGAGAGUGAGCUCACGCCGAGUCAGCUGAGUCUACCACCUGAAGUUACAGUGUGGAUCGACCCACUGGAGGUGUGCGCGAGGUCCGGGGAGAACAGCCCGCCCUUCACAAUAGCCUGUUUCGACGAUGAGUCGGACUCGGAGGAAGAGCAAGACGACACCUUCGUGGAUUCAAUCCACCUCACGUCGGAUUACCACUCCACCACAUCUUCCGACUGCGGCUCUGUGGCGUCCAGCGACACAGAGGAGGAGGCGAACAAUGUGGAAGAGCCGGCGGAGAGUGAGCCGCCGACAACCGCGGCAGUCGACGCGACCAGCAUUGUCAUGGUGCCCAGGAUCCGGCCGCGUUACGACAACCGAUCGAACAAGCCUGCCGGAGGCGUCCCGUGCGUUUGCCCGCCCCCUCCGUUCUGGCCACGGUACAAGAGGGGCCGCCCAAUGAUGCUCACGCCCAUAUAUGCGCCGUCGGCCCCGUGUCAGCAUGUGUUUGGAUACUACUUCCUGCCGCCGCCACCGCCGCCUCCUCCUCCGCAGUUGCUCAUGCCCAAGAUGCCCAUGCGGGUGUGGGGAGCAGUGAAGGGUUAGAGCCGACGUGGUCAAAUGUGAUUCAGGGUUUGAACUGUUGUCGUUUCAGGCUGUACAUAGUAAGACUGUUUGACAUGGCACUUUAAUGUGACUGACUGAAGUGCGCUUUUUGUAUUAAUUUAUUUGGCCUCCAGUAAUUGAGUAGCUACUGGAUGAAAACUGUAUUUUAAUAGCUACUGUAAAUGCCAUAACUAAUUUUGAUGUAGUUUUAUAAAUCUUCUUGGGGUGCGUUCGUUGUUUUUUAUUGACGUUGGCUAUGGAGAUCUGCACUGGUUGAACUGGGUGUUGAUCAUGGUGUUCUGUGACCUGUUCAGUGAUUUUACUGUUCUGUCAGUGCAACUGUACAUUUGUUACACUUUUCUAUUUGAAAGCACUAAUAUCCCUUAUAAGUUCUCAAGUAAUAAAUGAACUGAAACCUG